AAUUUGCCUUCUACCUGUCUCCAUCACACCCGAGGAACCACUCCGCGUACGACCUGAUCACAUCACCGUACGCACGCAUUCCGCUCGCCUCGCCCAGCACCUCCUGUCUGUCCACCCGCACGCACGUCUCACCCACCGACCGAGCAAACCUCGCUUCCUCCGCCGACGAGCACAAACGACGAUCAAAGGACCGACCAUUCCAAAUUUGUCCCUGGACGACCGGCCUCACCAUCCAGUGAACGUCCGUUGGCCAACUUCUGCGACGUCGAGACAGCGUUGUUUCACCCACGUCGACGGGUUCCUGCGUCCCACCGAGCGCAAACGAAACUCUUCGCCUUCUUCAACUGCACGACCAGCUACCAUGACGACUUUCCACGCAGCCCAUCAGCCUCAUGGUCUGUCUAUGUCAGAUGGCAUGAGCCAUGAUGUCGGCUAUGAUACCAACCCACCCGGCAGUGACAGAAGUCCUCUACAUGACCUAGGAUUCUACAAGAACAUCACUCCAGAGCAAAAGCAAACAAAAGACGGCCAACCUGCAAAGCGUCGUGGUCCCAAGCCCGACAGCAAGCCCGCCUUGACGAGACGACAAGAACUCAAUCGACAAGCUCAGAGAACACAUCGCGAACGCAAAGAGAUGUACAUCAAGGCUCUCGAGCAAGAGGUCCUCCGUCUCAAGGAGACCUUCUCUCAGACCACUCGCGAGCGGGACACCAUCGCCGAAGAGAACAGACGUCUCAAAGAGCUCCUUCAACAACACGGCAUCUCCUACGACUUCGGCUCGUCGCCGAUCAGAUUCAAGCACGAGAACAGCUCGUACGGUCCCAGCUCGAGCGGCAGUAUUUCAGGAAGCUAUCGCGGCGCAUCCGAUAGUGCCGGUUUCAGCCCAACACCCGAUCCCAUUCCGGGUAUGCACCAAGGCCAGAUGGCACCACCACAGAGUAUGCCAAUGCGGAACAUGGCACAAUUGCCCAACAACCGCCUGGACUACGAUCAAAUUGGUAUCGACUUUGUCUUGACGCUCGAACGACCCUGCAUGGACCACAUGCAAUACCUCCUCGUCCGCUCACAUAAUCCCACCGGCCAACCACACCAUCACCCCAUGGAGAACGCGGACGACGCCCUCCACGAGCACAUGUCCGGCCACGCACUAAUGGCGUCCGGGCCACCACUCAGCCACAUCAUCGACCGUCCUGCGGAGCCCUAUCCGCAUCAGAUGCCCGAGGAGAUGUCACCUACGGCGUUGGGAAAGCUUUUAGACUUGAGCAGUCGCCUGCCGAGGAACAUGUAUGAUCGGGAAGGCGAGAUCACACCUAUCAUGGCGUGGGCGAUGAUUUUCGGGCAUGAGAGGGUCAACGAAUUGGUGGAGGAGGAUGUGGAGAGGGUGAAGAAGGGCUUGGAGGGCAAGGUCCGAUGCUAUGGGUUCGGCGCCGUGGUCGAAGAGUUCGAAGUUCGCGACGCGAUUGCUGCGGUCUUCAACGACAAGGAUUCUGUGAUGAGAGGUUGA